AUGCACGCCAACACGUUCCUUCUCGGCCUGGUGGCCUCUCUGGUUACUGUUAGCAACGCCGAGGUCCACAACCUGCACGCUCGUCACUUGAACCGCGUCCGUGGGGUCAACGGCACUGCACCCUCCAGCUCGCUGCAGACCUCGACUUACACCGUCACCCCCACUCCCCUGCAAUCUUCCUCCAGCUCUAUUGUGUCUUCGACUCCUAUCAGCUCUAUUCCUCUGGGCCCUGGCAGCAGCAGUGCUGGGGUUGGUUCCACCGAGUCUGGUACCGGCAGCACCACCGAUCUUACCGUCACUUACACCCUGGGCACCGGUACUUCCACCAGCGUUGUGACCACCACUAUUCACCGGACUGCUACCGAUGUCCACACUGUCACUGCUUCUGAGACUCUCAAUGCUGGCGGUGAGAACCGUGUUCAACAGACCACUACUGUCGAAGGCACCUCGACUAGCACUCUGACUAUUACUGUGGUCCCCACUGUGACUGCUAGUGGCAAGGAUACUGGCAGCGGCUGCAACCCCGCCACUGUCACUGUCACUGCCACUGAAACCGUGACUGUUAAUGCUGGUCCCACCGACGCCGCUGGACAGAAUCUCGAGCAGGAGGAUGGACAUCAUGGACAUGGCGAUGCGCCCACUGCCACUGUCUCUACAGUCGCUCCCACCACUCCCACCGUGACUGCCAACCCCCCUCCCUUCGGCAACGGCACUCACACCAUACCGCCUUUCAGCAGCUCGUCUUCGGGCUUCCUGACUAGCUCGGUACCCGUCUCGGGCUCUGCGAGCCCCAAGCCUUUCCUGAGCUCCUCCAGCAGCUUGAAGGCUUUCCCCACCAAAUUCCACCGUCGCUAUGUCUAG